CCUCACGGGUCAUUACUGAGUACUUACACACUCCCAGGGUUUGGAUCAGCUCUGGACUUUGGGGCUCUUUUAUGGACUUGGACAGGUGAAAAUAUGGGGUGCGGCAGCUCGACAAGCACCGCGGUGGUCCGACCGCUGUCCCCGGAAAAACUCAAGGGAGACGAGGAUGAAACAGGAAGUAAACACAGUAGUCGUGGAGACUCUGCAGUGUCCAAGAGCACCACUGACAGUGGAGUGGUCAUGGAGAACAGAGAGGUCCCAACGCUCCCAGGGGCCAUCCCACGAAAACUACCCCCUCUCACACCCACCGCAGUCAGUCCUCCCUUGGUGAGACGGGACAGUCAAACUCAGGAGCGUCAGAAGUCUAGUGAAAUCCUGGAGGAGCUCUCAAACCAAGGAAUCAUCCCACUGGGCCCGUCCCGAGAGAAUAGUGGGGCAACAGGAGAGGCCUACAGCAUCAUGUUAAAUACCCGAGAAGGGACUCUGAGAAAGCCUCCUGCCAGACUAGAGUCCUUGAAAGAAAACAAAACACAACUCAGUAAAGAAGAAAUAGAUGAGAAGAUCCGGCUUGCAGAAGAGAGACGAAAGCAAAAGGAGGAUGAGAUGAAGAGCCGUCUGAGAGCCAAGUCCGCCCGAAUCAGAGUCCCUGCCCGUAGUCAGAGCACUGGGGAGGAGGAAGACCUAAUAGAACAACUCUUGGCACCACCUCAAGGCCCACAGCCAGCUGAGGGGGGCAUGGAGGGAGAGAGAGGGGCUACACCCAGCGGCCGGGGGUCUAGAAACACUCAGGAGAAGCAGGAAGAGUCAGCAGGUGUGAAAGAAAGAAGCGAGGAUGACGUGGUUCCAAUGACACGGGAUGGUGAGCUCUCAGACUCAGCCGACAGUGAUGUGAGCUUUCAACCUGCAACAGCUAACGAUGAAAUAUUUUAAAGCAUUUAAGUCACUUAUUUUGUUUUGUAAAUCAGAAUCAGAGCCAAAAAUUAUAUUUUACUAGUGUACAGAAAUGAUUUGUUAUAAGCUAUAUAUUAUUGUAAUUAUGUCUUAAUAGAUCUAUUUAUGUCCCUUCAAUGAACAUUAUAAAAAAAAACAAAAAAAAAAACACUUAUUUGUUUAAUGUAAUUGUAAUUUAAAUGAUUUCUU